GCGGCUGCGUGUUUCCGGAAGACGUGGCGGCUCUCGCCUGGGCUGUUUCCCGGCUUCGUUCUCUCGACUUUGCUUCACACCCUGGCCGCUCCGAGGUGCUGUCGACGCCGCCCUCACCCCUGCAGCCAUGAUCUCCUUAACGGACACCCAGAAAAUUGGAAUGGGAUUAACAGGAUUUGGAGUGUUUUUCCUGUUCUUUGGAAUGAUUCUCUUUUUUGACAAAGCACUACUGGCUAUUGGAAAUGUUUUAUUUGUGGCUGGCUUGGCUUUUGUAAUUGGUUUAGAAAGAACAUUCAGAUUCUUCUUCCAAAAACAUAAAAUGAAAGCUACAGGAUUUUUCCUGGGUGGUGUAUUUGUAGUCCUGAUUGGUUGGCCUUUGAUAGGCAUGAUCUUCGAAAUUUAUGGAUUCUUUCUCUUGUUCAGGGGCUUCUUUCCUGUGGUUGUUGGAUUUAUUAGAAGAGUGCCAGUCCUUGGAUCACUCUUGAAUUUACCUGGAAUUAGAUCAUUUGUAGAUAAAGUCGGAGAAAGCAACAAUAUGGUAUAACAACAAGUGAAUUGAAGACUCAUUUAAAAUAUUGUAUUAUUUAUAAAAUCCUUUGAAGAAUAUUCAGCACAAAAUUAAAUUACAUGAAAUAGCUUGUAAUGUUCCUUACAGAAGUUUAAAACGUAUAGCCUACAGAGUAGCAACAGCAGUUAACAAAGAAGCAGUGAAAACAGACUUCUAACCAAGCCAUCUAAGAAGUCAGCAAGCAAACCGAAGGAGAUGAAAUCUAUGUUACAAUGCAUAUUGAAACUCUUGAAGGGGAUUCUUACUGUUUUUCCACAAUGUGUGAAACACAGCCAUCCUUAGAGAACUGUAGUGCCUGUUUCUUUUCUUUUUAUUUUGAAGAUGCAAGCACACCCAUAGGCAUUUGCUUUUUAGAACUGUAAUGUCCUCUGCAACAGCGAAAAUAUUUCCAGUUGCACUGUGUCUCUGAAAGUGAUGCAUGAGUUAGAUUGGAUUAUGUCAUCGUAAUAUAUUAAAACCAGGAAAACCCAGUGUCGCUGUAUGAAUCACUUUUUUUCUUUUUUUUUUUCUUUUUUUUUUUUUUGGUAAACGUAUGGUUAAAAUAAAACUUUUGUGGUUCUUCUGAAUCUUAAUAUUUUAAAGCCAGAUGGAAAUCUGAACUAGAUAUUCUUUGUUGGAAUAUGCAAAGGUCAUUCUUUACUAGCUUGUAGUUUCUAAGUUAUAGCUGACUCAGCACUUUUUCUUUCAGGAACACAUUCUGGAAGUCCUCAUACUUCUUGGGACUCUCACGUGAGCAUCUUUAUCUUUCAUGACAUGUAAGCAUUUAACAAAAAAAGCAUUCUUGGUGAUGAAGGAGUCUGUUACAUAGCUCAUUUCAUUGAAUAGUUUGUUAUUUAAGAUACUACGUGAUGCAACCCAAAUGGAUAUUUCCAUGUUGUGAUCCAGUUUUUCUUUUUCUUUUCUUUUUUAAAUUUUAGCGGUGAUUUAUUAUUUUGCUUUUCAUAAAAUAACUACUGGUAAUAUUUACUUUAAGAUGUACCAUGU